AUGGACUUCGUCAAGUCACUCCUCCCAGAGGGCAAGGGUGUUCUGCCCUACUACAUGCUCGUCCUCUCCGUCAUCUCUAUUGGCAACUGCCUACAGACAUACUCAACCCUCCACUUCACAAGACGCGUGUACAAUGGGCGCUUCAUCCGAAACACCAGGCUGCCUCCCGCAACAGCGACCUUCAACCCUGAAGACUCGGUCGACAAGCUCGUGUCUGCCCAGAAUGACCCGAAAGCAACUGAUCAGGUAACCCCGCUGGCUGGUCGACUGUUUGGCACAUGGACCCUCAUCACGUCUAUUGUCCGCUGCUAUGCAGCUUACAACUUGCACAUCGGGCCCGUGUACAACAUUGCCUACUGGACGUACAUUGUGGCUUUUAGCCAUUUCGCCAGCGAGAAGUUUAUGUUUAAGAGCAUGACCUUUGGUCUUCCUCAGGCGUUCCCCUUUGCGCUGGCGACUUGGGCCUUGAUUUGGAUGCCUCUUGUCCGUGAUCACUAUGUUGAGAUCAACUAG